AUGGGAUCCAGUAUCCAGUAUGGGAUCCAGUAUCCAUCGGCGCUGAGGCCUCCCCCGAUCAACGCCGAGCCCCCCGUCAACGCGAGCCCCCCGUCAACGCCGAGCCCCCCGUCAACGCCGAGGCCUCCCCACCCCCCGUCAACGCCGAGGCCCCCCGCCCCCGUCAACGCGCGAGGCCUCCCCACCCCGCCUCCCCACCCCCCGUCAACGCCGAGGCCUCCCCACCCCCCGUCAACGCCGAGGCCUCCCACCCCCGUCAACGCCGAGGCCCCCGCCAACGCCCCCCGUCAACGCCGAGGCCCCCCGUCAACGCCGAGGCCCCCCGCCAACGCGAGCCCCCCCAACGCCGAGGCCUCCCCGUCAACGCCGAGGCCCCACCCACCAACGCCGAGGCCUCCCCCCGUCAACGCCGAGGCCUCCCCCCAACGCCGAGGCCUCCCCGUCAACGCCGAGGCCUCCCCACCCCCCGUCAACGCCGAGGCCUCCCCACCCCCCGUCAACGCCGAGGCCUCCCCACCCCCGUCAACGCCGAGGCCCCCCCGUCAACCGAGGCUUCCCCCCGCCAACGCCGAGGCCAACGCCAACGCGAGGCCCCCCGUCAACGCCGAGGCCUCCCCCCGUCAACACCGAGGCCUCCCCCCGUCAACGCGAGGCCUCCCCCCGUCAACGCGAGGCCUCCCCCCGAGGCCUCCCCCCGUCAACGCCGAGGCCUCCCCCCGUCAACGCCGAGGCCUCCCCACCCCCGUCAACGCCGAGGCCUCCCCCCCCGUCAACGCCGAGGCCUCCCCCGGUCAACGCCGAGGCCUCCCCACCCCGUCAACGCCGAGGCCUCCCCCAGUCAACGCCGAGGCCUCCCCACCCCAGUCAACGCCGAGGCCUCCCCACCCCCAGUCAACGCCGAGGCCUCCCCACCCCCCGUCAACGCCGAGGCCUCCCCCACCCCGUCAACGCCGAGGCCUCCCCCCCAACGCCGAGGCCUCCUCCCCCCGUCAACGCCGAGACCUCCAGCCCCGUCAACGCGAGGCCUCCCCCCGUCAAAGCCGAGGCCUCCCCCCGUCAACGCCGAGACCUCCCCCCGUCAACGCCGAGCCCCCCGUCAACGCCGAGGCCCCCCGUCAACGCGAGGCCUCCCCCCGUCAACGCCGAGACCUCCCCCCGUCAACGCGAGACCUCCCCCCCCGUCAACGCCGAGGCCUCCCCACCCCCCGUCAACGCGAGGCCCCCCGCCCCCGUCAACGCCGAGGCCUCCCCACCCCCCGUCAACGCCGAGGCCCCCACCCCCCGUCAACGCCGAGGCCUCCCCCCGUCAACGCCGAGGCCCCCACCCCCCGUCAACGCGAGGCCUCCCCACCCCGUCAACGCCGAGGCCUCCCCCACCCCGUCAACGCGAGGCCCCCCGUCAACGCCGAGGCCCCCCCGUCAACGCCGAGGCCCCCCGUCAACGCCGAGGCCCCCCCCGUCAACCCGAGCCCCCGUGCCAACGCCGAGGCCUCCCCCCGUCAACGCCGAGGCCCCACCCACGCCAACGCCGAGCCCCCCGUCAACGCCGAGGCCCCCCCGAGGCCCCCCGUCAACGCCGAGGCCUCCCCCGCAACGCCGAGGCCUCCCCCCGCCAACGCCGAGGCCUCCCCCCGAGGCCUCCCCCCGUCAACGCCGAGGCCUCCCCCCGUCAACGCCGAGGCCUCCCCACCCCGUCAACGCCGAGGCCUCCCCACCCCGUCAACGCCGAGGCCUCCCCACCCCCCGUCAACGCCGAGGCCUCCCCCCGUCAACGCCGAGGCUUCCCCCCCGUCAACGCGAGGCUUCCCCCAACGCCAACGCCGAGGCCCCCCGUCAACGCCGAGGCCUCCCCCCGUCAACACCGAGGCCUCCCCCCGUCAACGCCGAGGCCUCCCCCCGUCAACGCCGAGGCCUUCCCCCCCCAACGCCGAGGCCUCCCCCCGUCAACGCCGAGGCCUCCCCCCGUCAACGCCGAGGCCUCCCCACCCCGUCAACGCCGAGGCCUCCCCACCCCGUCAACGCCGAGGCCUCCCCCCGGUCAACGCCGAGGCCUCCCCACCCCCCGUCAACGCCGAGGCCUCCCCACCCCCAGUCAACGCCGAGGCCUCCCCACCCCCAGUCAACGCCGAGGCCUCCCCACCCCCAGUCAACGCGAGGCCUCCCCCCCCCGUUAACGCCGAGGCCUCCCCCCGUCAACGCCGAGGCCUCCUCCCCCCGUCAACGCCGAGGCCUCCUCCCCCCGUCAACGCCGAGACCUCCAGCCCCGCCAACGCCGAGGCCUCCCCCCGUCAACGCCGAGGCCUCCCCCCGUCAAAGCCGAGGCCUCCCCCCGUCAACGCCGAGACCUCCCCCCCACCUCCCCCCGUCAACGCCGAGACCUCAACGCCGAGACCUCCCCCCGUCAACGCCGAGCCCCCCGUCAACGCGAGGCCUCCCCCCGUCAACGCGAGGCCUCCCCCCGUCAACGCCGAGGCCUCCCCCCGGUCAACGCCGAGACCUCCCCCCGUCAACGCCGAGCCCCCCGCAACGCCGAGGCCUCCCCCCCAACACCGAGGCCUCCAUCCCCCCCAACGCCGAGGCCCCCCGUCAACGCCGAGGCCCCCCGUCAACGCGAGGCCCCCCGUCAACGCCGAGCCCCCCGUCAACACCGAGCCCCCCGUCAACACUGUUUCCUAA